AUGCCAUCAAAAACAACAAAAGAUAACAAUGCUCCAAAGAAACCAUUAACUGCUUAUAUGUUAUUUUCGGCCGAGGAACGACCGAAAUUAAAAGCAACAGGUUUAGAUAAUUUUGCUGAAAUGAACAAAGCUUUAGGUGCUGCAUGGAAACAAUGUGAUACCAAUACAAAGGCACGUUAUGAAAAAGAGCAUGAACAUGAAAAAACACGUUAUGAACGUGAAUUAAAAGAAUAUGAAAAAUCUGGUGCACCAGCGCCAUCAUCGAAAUCAGCUCAAAAAGCUCAUCCACCACCAGCACCUGCACCAACAACAACAAAAUCUAGUACAGCAACAACAAAAACAGCAGCUACAACAAAACCAACAUCGAAAACUACUGCUCCAGUUGUUAAAAAUGAAAAACCAAAGAGUGAUAACGAUGAUGAAGAAGAAGACGACGAUGAUCAAGAAGGAUCUGAAGAAGAAUCUGAAGAGUCUGAAGAAGAAGAAAAACCAGCUCCACCAGUUAAAAGUUCACGAAAGAAAAUUUAA